AGUCGUCCGUUGUUGAAUUGUGAUGGUUUUGCAUGCAUUUUUCAAGUCUUCAUUAGAGGGAGGCUAUAUAUCUGUUUGGGCAUGAUCAAAAUUUUGAUUUAAUGAUCGAGAACUGAACUAAUAAUAUGAUGGGAACCUUCAAAGCCGGAUUCAAAUACAUCUGCUCUACUAUUUUCGUUGUGGAGGAGCCUGAGAUUGAGAUUGGGUACCCAACAAAUGUUAAGCAUGUGGCACACAUUGGGUGGGAUGGUCAUCAAUCUGGCGCUUCACCUACUUGGAUGAAGGAGUUCAUGACAGGGCCAGAUUUUGCUGUUACUUCAAUUGGUAAAUCAGAACUCCACAAGUCUACCACAAGACAAUCCGGAGUCGAGUUAGCUAGCGAUAACCCAGUAAAGGCGAUGAAUCAUCCCAAGAAGCAAAAACGAAAGAAGGGGAAAUCGAAAUGCCAAACACCCUCAAGUUCUUCCUGCUCGCCGAGGUCAUCUUUGGACGUGAAGUCAAAGUCUAAGUUUAUCCAGGAUGAAAUUUAGUAUAAGUACGUACGUGGAAUCAUAUUCUCUAUACGGAGUAUAUAUGUUUGAUUUUGUUGAUCAUGUGGAGUAAUUUGAGCAUAAUUGCAAGUAUUUUGAGAGAUCCCAUUACACUUUUCAGAUCCCAUUGGACUAUUGACUACUUGUAUUGA